AUGUUCAGGCUGGGAACGAUAAAGAAAAACGGAUGGUGGCAAUGGAAUGCACAAGCUUGCAUUUGCCCGGGCGUGAAAUCCCGCAAUACUGGCUGGUUCAACGCCGACUUUUGCUGCAUGCUGAUCGGUGUGGGCAGCUAUUGGAGGAACGAAAUGACGAAGAGAUUAGUGCCUGGAUACCAGAAGGUCUUGGCCUCCUUUACGCAGAGCAGGGAAAGCAUAAAGAGGCGGAGGCCAUAUACCAGCGGGCAAUACAAGGCUACCAAAACUAAAAAUAUCUGCCUUGUUUAUCUAGACCAGGGGAAAGAUAAAGAGGCGGAAGCAAUGUACCAACAGGCGUUACAAUGCUAUGAACAGGACUAG